AUGGCCAGCGGUAUUGUCUUUCACAAUGGUCACAAAAAAGUCGAACUCAAUCUGGAUGUCAUCGAAAAAGCCGUCAAUUUCACGGAGGAAGACGAAGAGAUGCUAGCGAAAAAAAGAAAAGUCACGCGAGGUUUUUUUGAAAAAAAAUACGUAAUUUUUUUGUUUUUUUCCAGUUUUUUUGAGCAAUUUUAUCGACGAUGUGACGAAUUUUUGGGGACAAAAUCACUGCGAGAACAGCGGAAAGCUACAAGGAAUCCAUUCGGCCCAUUGUCGAUUAUUUAAUUGAUGAGGAAGAAGAAAAACUGAACAAUAUUUUUGACACGAGUUGGUUUUUAGAAUGUUUUAGUGUAUUUGGUUGAUUAUUAAGGUUCCUCUGGUUUGUUGAAAACCGCCGUGGUGCAGUGCAACUUCUCCGAUGUCUCAAAAGUCAUCGGCGAUGUGAAAGAAGAUUUGUUGGUCGAAGUUCGAGGCGCAACAGUUAUUAAAAUAACUGAACUUGAUGAACUUCACCUGAUUAUUGACAGGAUCAGUGAAAGUGUGAGAUUUUAAGUUUUUUUUCGCUGUUAUUCGAUAUUAAUUAGUUUUUUGAUAAUGCGGAACUUUCAGAUUUUUUUAAAGUUUUUUUUUGUUAUUCAUCUAUUUCUUUUUUUUUGCGUUUCCGUUAUAAUAAUACUGUAUAAGGUUAAUUUCGGAAAUGCUGAAAAUAUUUAGAACACGGCAAAAGCUACUUAGCGAUACGAAAAAAUGGAAGGUGUUCGAUGAAAUAUCCGCGAAACUCAAAAUUGUCUCUGACUCUCCGAAAUUUAGUUGUCUAUUUUCACUCUCUAACGAAUAUUUUGAACCUCGCAGAAUUUUUUUUAACAUAACAUUUUUUUUAUCAGCAGUUCUUUAGAGUUAAAUCAUUUUUUUUUCUUCAGAAAGGCCUCUGCGUCUUGGUGAUCCAACAAUUUGAAGCCCUGAAUCCAAGUACUCUGGACCAUUUGACGGCGUUGAUUUUCUCGAAAUCUUCUCUCCGAAAAAGGAUAUCCUCUCUCCGAUUGGUCGUAUGCAUUUGUACCAGCGUCAUUUUCCUGAAAUCUUCCUGUGCCAACGAAACUCUCAACAGCUUGACGUUGAAACAGUUCACAUUCACCGACCCCAAGCAGAUUUUCGACCAAGUCAUGAAUAUCAAUAUUCUCCCGGCCGUGUUUUCCGGCAAUUUUCUCAAAUAUUUGAGGUUUGGAAUUCGUUGUGUAUGUAGCUCAGUUCGCGCCGGAUUGUUACGAUUUUCGUGGCGCUCUAAGCUACAGAACCUUUCCCUUCGAUGGCUUAUUUUUCUCUUUUUAGCUUGAAAUCAACGUUAUACUAAAGGUGCAUCCCCAGAAGUAGUUCGCGUAAAUCGAUGGGAAGCUUCCCGUCAUAGCGCAGGACCUCCAAAGUUAAAAAAAUCCGACUUUUUAUCCAUGAAAAUUCGUUUUUUAGAUGUUUUUAUGGUUAGAACUUUUUUUUGCAAACCUUUGAUUGAAAAAUUCUGGGAAUGCGAAUUCUCGAUCCGGUUUUUUUCGUAGAUAUCGUUCUAUAAAAGCUAAAAGUCAAUAAGAACUGAAAAAAACUCUUUUCUUGGUAGAUCGAGGCCUGUCUCUGUUCAUGCGCUUUUCAGUUUUCCUCAAAAUCACUCAUGUUUCCUGAAGGAUUAUGUAGCUCAGUUGUGCAUGUGCCUUUAAUUUAUCCUCAAAAUCGAUCUUAUAUUAAAGGCGCAUGGACCGCAACUGACCGCACACAUUGAAAGUGAGGGUUCUGUAACUCGAAGGAAUUAAAAAAUAGUGACAAGACUGCGUGGAAAUCCUUGCUGCGAUGCUUCAAGCCGUAAAUUCUUUCACCAUCCAAUUUACAUGGUAAAUAACAAUGUGAGAUCCGCUUUUCUCUUCGAUACCUUUAAAAUUUUAGCUCAGAGGAAAAUUAUUUCAGUUUCAAUGCAAGAUUUUCGCGCCUUUAAACAUAAGAUCAAGGAUUUAUAACUAGCUGUAAAAAUAAUUGACUUUUAAUGGUCUCUUUUCAAGAAACCGCUUCUUCACGUGUGAUUAUUCAGUAGCCGCCUUGUCAAGAGCUGUUCAUUACGCGUUUUUAUCAAAAUAUAUUGAUGAUCCGCUUUGGAAACAGGUUAAAUCACUCUAUAUUUAUUCAAAAAACAGUUUUUUUCAGAAAUCUGCUGAAAAUAAUGAGAGGAUUGAACAAUACAGCAAGGUUAUCAAAAUUUACGCAAAGAUGAUGAAAAGGACGAAACUUGUGAUUCAGGUUUCAUUAGAAAGAAAAUGCAGAGAGAAUAAAUCAAUUAUUUUCAGUUCCACUACGAAAUCCAGACGGAUAAGGAGUUUUGGGAUAAAGCGACGGAUGAGCAAUAUUUCAGGUGGAUUUACAGUACCGCUCAAAAGUCUAUUAAGUUUUGGUUUUUUGAGGAUAUCUCAGCGAGUACUUAUCCGAUUUAUAUAUAACUUUCAGGGAUAAUGUAAAAAUAUACUUUGAAACAUAUACGGUAUACAAAGACAUGUCCGCAAUGACUGUGACGCGUUUUUAGGCAUUUUUUUAUUGAAUUCCAUUUUUGUUUUUUUAUGCUUUUUAUUUUUUUAUUUAUUUUUUUAUUAAAUUUUUUUAAAAUUAAUAAUGUUGCCAUAUGAUUUUUUUCAUGUUUUUCAGACAUGGGAAGAACCUUUGGAAAUAAGAAUUUGACUGAUAACGACAAAAGAGCCAUCGUUGUGGGUCGUCAAAAUGGACUGACCAUGAUGACGUUGGCAGGAAUGUUCGGCGUGACAGAGGCGGGCAUUUCUCAGUUCCUGAAGCGUCAGAAAGCUCAAGAUGGCUCUACUAACAGCCAACGCACUGGAAGACCACGUGUCACUGAUCGUAAUGACGAUAGGAACAUUUUGAAGACGUCUAGAACCAAUCCAAGACUCACCGCCCCUGCGAUCAGACGGGAAGUUUUCUUGAAUUCGCCAUCUCCGCCAUCCGUCUCGACCGUGAAACGACGUCUGAAUGCUGCUGGAAUCAUGGGAAGACGUCCAGUGAAGAAACCGCUGAUUUCUGAAAAGAAUCGAGUCGCCAGGGUGAAGUGGGCGAAGGAGCAUCUCAACUGGACCCGUCAAGACUGGAACAAGAUUCUGUCGUCCGACGAAAUCAAGUUCCUCCUCUUCGGAAGUGACGGAAUUCAAUGA